AUAAAAAAUAAAAAAAGUAAAAUCUGACACUGUUAUGUUACAGAGUGUCGCCCAUGGCGGAAAACGGAAGGGGAAGCCCAAUCCUUCUCUGGUGGUUUAACACAAGUGUUAAGGUUGCAACAUUGAAUAGCCCCUUUUCCUCAAAGAAAGUUUUGGUUUUGAUGAGUUGAACACAACAAUGGGUUCUGAUUCGAAUUUGGGAGGGUCACCUUCAGCCUCAGCAUCAUCGCCCAGUAGCAAGCGUACCAGAGAUCCCGAAGAGGAAGUUUACCUCGACAAUCUUCGCUCUCACAAGCGUUACUUAAGCGAGAUAAUGGCAUCCAGUCUUAACGGAUUGACAGUUGAAGACUCACUUCCUGAUAAUCUAAUGGAUUCUCCAGCAAGGUCUGAAAGCACAUUUUCCCUCAGGGAUGAUAUGUUUUUACAGUAUUCACCUAUGUCAGAAGACUCAGAUGACUUGAGGUAUUGUGAGACCCCUGUGCACAGUUGCUCAUCCCAACCUGACAGCCUUCCCAGUAGUCCAGUUUCUCCAUACAGACAUCAAAGACCACAGAAUGUUUUAUCUUCAGCACCUUCUUCCACAAGUUCAAAUGCUUCUCAUGGCUCUACCGUUUCCACCAUUACCUGCUCCCAGCCACGUCAGCGGGGGUCAGAUUCUGAGGGCCGUUUCCCAUCAUCUCCAAGUGAUAUAUGCCAUUCGGCUGACUUAAGAAGAGCUGCACUUCUAAGAUCCGUGCAGAUGAGAACACAGCCUCCUAGUUCUGCAUCUUUGGAGCUGCCAUUUGGUUCUGGCCAAGAGUCUGUUCCUAACAUGGAUCCUGAGGAAAGGUCAUGCUCAUACAUGAAAUCUCUGGUUGAUGAGAGAGAGUAUCAAAUUGAAGAGUGUUCAUCAAUGGGUAUUCCUAGACCCGAGUUUAACCAUGAUAAUAAGCCGUGCAGGCUCUUAAAUGUGAACGCGAAAGAAGCUGAUCCCGGAGGUUAGUUGCUAUAUUUGGAAAUCAUUUGUAUCCACCUGCCUCCAAUAUGAGAGUCGCUUGUUAAUUUUUGUCCAAAAAGUGUUGGUUUCCAUCUUACGAGAAUUUGUUAUCCCACUUAACCCCAUUCUUAUGUGAAGGUGUUCUCCCUAGUAUUUAUUCCUGUCUUCGAGAUAUUUUACCUUUUGAUUUCAUUUUGUUUUUCAUUCAAUUAAGUUGAAAUUGUUGU